UCAAAUUUUGUCAUGUCCAGUGAAGGCAAAAGAAAAUUUGAAGACUCACUUCAAUCGAACAAAAUUAGUUGCACUGAAAACACACCGAAAAUGGCAUCUAUCAACGAUAUGAGUAACGAACUUCUGGAGAUAAUUUUUCAACGUCUUCCACAUCACGAGCGAAUUCUUUGCAAAGAAGUUUGUUCACGUUGGUAUUCAAUUUUAAUGGAAUCUCCACUUUUCGCCGAAGAUCGUCACAUUUUCUUCAAAAAUUGUACCAUCGAUGCGAAUAAGGAACCAAUGUCGACAAUUUUAGACGCAAAAUAUCUGUAUGAGACAUUUACUUUCAGUGAAAUUGAAAAUGACACCGAAAUAGACGUUCAGAAAACUCUGGAUUUAUUCAAAGCGACAAAGGAAUUGAGCUUUGUUAAAGUCGGCAAAAAUCAAAUGCUGAUGAAUAUGUCACUGUGUGCCCCACUGGUUGAAACAAUAAGUUUUUAUGAAGAAAAUUACGAAGACGAUGAAGAUAUGAGAUUAAGUUUGAAGACUCUUACACCACAAAAAAGCGAAAAAACUUUUGAAAAACUUAAAACUGUGAAUUUAACUCUGGACUCCGAAAGUCGAGAAGAUUAUUUGGAAGAAUUUUUGUUUCCAUUCAAAAAGUUGCUUCAUGAAAACCAAGAACCAGUCUUCAAUAUUCAUGUAAAUAACAAAACUCCUCUUUUCUUUGAUUAUGACAACGAGCUGAAAUGCUGGAUGUACUUAUGGUCGACGAAAAAUGCAAAAUUUAUAAUCAACAGCAUCUGUAUUUGUUUUCUGGAAAUUUCAAAAGAGCUAAUUGAUCCAUUUGCCGCCUUAGAUGUCCAUUAUAAAACAUUCGACUUGGCCUAUGAGCCGGAUCAUGACUACGAUGUGGACAAACUUUUGACAAAAAUUAAGGCAGACGAAAUACUUUUACGAUUAGCAGAAUUGCCACCGAUUCCAAAUAAUUUUCAUCGCAUCACAAAAGUUUGUAUCGAUAGACCGCUCUCGGCAUAUAUCAGUCUAAAGUGGUUAGAAAAAAUGAUGAACCUAAAAGAAGUUGAAAUUUUCUCCUAUAAUGGAACCAAUUCUUGUACUUUUGGUCACGAAGCAGUACAACUCGAAAAAUUGGAAAUAAUCAAACUUAGACGAAGAAAAAUGACAUGUCAAGAAUGUUUUAAUGCAUUUAAACAAAGUUUUGGAAAUGUUAAAGAAAUUCAAUAUUUUGGUCAUUCAUCAUUUCUUUUAGAAGUUGGUAAUUGGAAGCAACUGGAAUAUUUAAGGCUCGAAGUCCUCGAGUUCGAUGUAAUACAGCAACAAGAAAAAGCGAAAAUUCUAUCGGAUUCGCUUCGAAAAUUAAAUCUCACAAUCAGGUCAGAAAGUGAAAAUUGGACCAACGAACAAAUAAAUUCAUUUAUUGAUCAAUCGUUUCCUAAUUUAAAUGAGUUUGUUCGUACUUAAGUAAUUCGUAUAACAAGGAAUUUUUUACUC